GAACAAAAGCUUUUUCUAAAUUAGAAUCUAGACCUCUUACUCUUACGACUCAAGAUAUCUAGACCUAUAUCUAGAGCCUAGAAGCACUAAGAAUCUAUAAUAAUGAUCUAGUGACCUAUUCUAGUAUUUUAUUUCUACUAGUAAACUAAAACUCUAGAUAGAUAUCUAAAUCUUUGCUAGCAGAGUGGUUACAGUGUUGGCUUGAGAAGCCUGAGAAGGCUUUAUCCCACAAGUUCAAAUUCAGGCUACUUGAACACUACACUUAUAACUUAAUCAAUGAUGCAUAUUAAGUUAUUGACAGUCAUUGAGAAAGUUUGAGAACAAGAUAAAAUGAAGAGAUUUGUAUGGAAACGCAAGGUGGGAGAGAGUGUCAAUAAAGCAAAAGUAUCUGAUUUCAGUGCAGAGUCCAAAGAAGAUUUAGAAGGUAAUGAGGAUGAUGACAUUGAUUGGCUGACAGGUACCAUAGCAAAUAAAAAGCAGUGUAUAUCCUUGGAAGAUACCAAAACAAAAAGUGAAAGAUUAAGGCAAGAAGGUGCAAUGCUAGCUGAGGCAGAAAGAUAUUGGGAAGCAUUGAAAAAGUGGGAUGAAGCCCUACAGUUGAUACAAAACAAUGAACAGAUAUUAGAGAUGAAAACGCAGGCCCUAAUGGCUUUAGGAGAAGUUUUCCCAGCAGUUCAAGUGGCAGAAAAAACAGUUAAUAUUGCACCUACUUGGUGGGUUGCACAUCAGACUCUUGGCAGGGCAUUAGUCAACGUGGGGGAAGUAGGAAUGGCAUUAAAGAGUUUCUCACGAGCUGUUCAUCUAAAUCCAUCAGAGAUAGAACUUUGGAUUGAAGACCUAUAUUGGGCCAAAUCUCUUUUAGACAAGAAAAAAUCACUGGUGGAUGUGGACAUGGUUAAGAGUACACUAACUGUAACAGAAAUAACUGAGGAGAGUGAACAAUAUCAAGGGCAGCAAUCAUUGUUGCCUUAUAAUCUAAAUAAUGUCGAAGCCACUCAUGAAAGUACAAAACAUAUUAGGAAAUUGCCUACAAACUAUGUACAGAUGAGGGAUGUGCUAUGAACUUAAGCUCUAAAUAAAUGUUUUAUUCGGUAGAUUAUGCUCUGGGUGAAGUAAAACAUAUUUACAAAGAUUAAGUUUUUAGAUUAUUAACAUAAAAAGUGGUGAAGUGAUUUACCAUUGUACAAAUCUUCAAACUGUUUUGUUUCCCAGCUUUUGAUUUUGAAUGUGUUUGUUUUUAAUUGAAACUAUGUUAUAUAAAUUACAUUUUUUUGUGAUGUUGAUUUUCCUUAUGUAUUAAAAUGUAUAUAUAAAUAUUGACCGAUGUAAUAUUAAUAACACAGUCAUUAAAUAAAAUAGUGAAACAUACAGAAGAGUUAAAUGUUUCAUGUACAGAAAAGUCUUCUGUUUUUGUUGGGCAAUGUUUUUAUAUCAAGUUUUCUGGGUUUCAUUGUUUUUCUAUGAAUCCAAUCAUAAUAUCUUAAUAACAAAGUGUUAAAAUUAUAUAAAUCUUAUUGAAGAAUUGCUUUAAUGUUUUACACCAAUUACACAGUCUUUAAAUCCAAAGACAUAACAUAGUUUUGAUCAAUAAUAAAGUUAUAUGCAUUUCUAUGCAAGUGAUUAUCAAUGAUUUUUUAAUUUAUACAAAUUGUACAACUGUAUACAUUUUAUAUCAGAACACAAAAGUACAAAAGCAUCAUUUUGAGACAUAAAUGUUAGCAAAUAUCCUUGAUGUCAAUAUAUUUAUGUUUGAAUCAGACAGAACUGUACAUUUACUACCCAUUCAUAGCAUUUGUUAUUUGUAUUUUAUGAUGUUGAUAAGAAAGGGUAGAAAUUUAAUGGGAAUGCCUUAGAUCAGUUAGGACUCUCACUUUUUCUUGGACGUAUUUCAUAUUAAUCUGAUGUCUUGUUAGUUAUUCAUGGUAUUUUUUUUUCUAUAAGAAUACAAGGUUGUUGUUUUUUCGGCGACAAGAAUUGACAAUUAUUUUAGAGUCUUAGAUGAUUCCGCGGCUGUCUUGAGCUAGCUGUGUCCUUGACAUCUCAUGUGUGUAACACAGCGCAUCUUUUCUGCAUCAUUUUUGUUCGGGUAGUUCUGACAUCAACACGAUAGGUGCUGUUCCAUGUCACAUUUGUACGUUAAUGAAAUGGGAGUGACGAAGAAACGAUAAUUUGAUGUUGAAACUUCCAGGACAAGUGGACAGUUCUUUAUUAAAUCUAAAUUACCAAGCCAACAUGUUUGAGUUGUACAGAAAGUGUGGCUGUUUUAAAGAACAUAACAUAAAAAGGCAUUCUAAAACAAACCAUUACAAAAAUAUGGUGGCAUUGUCGGCUUGAGCCGCUAGGAAAAGAUCGCUAAGUUACGUCUAGAGUUGAGCGAGUGAUGAAAAUAUUUACCAAGAAGUCAAGAAAAUGAGUCGGCUGUAAUGGAGGCUACAGAGUUGCUCACAUUUUAAGAAGAGAAUUGAAGCAUAAAAAAAGUGCUUGCUAGCAGUGAUGGAAUAAAAUCGUCCUGAAACAAAAAUGCAUUUGAAACUGCCUUUCUGGUAUGACAAUUACAAACGAGUGGACAAUGUUGGUGAAAAUCUCCAUUCAAAACUAAAUGACAGAGCAUCAGAUUUCGAAAUCGUUACUGCCGCUUAGGAGUGACACCAACUGGAACUGAUUGACUAACAAAGCCAGACUUCCCUGCUUGAGAAAUUUCGAGCAAUGCACACAAUAGAUUUCUAGCCACAAUGUUUACAAGCACUUAAUUUAAUAGAAAAAACUUGUUCAGUUAUAAGAUACCUGAAACCCUUGUUAGGUAAUUGACUUAUGGCUGUAAGUAGGCCUACUGGAGCUACGGGAUUGUUAUAAAAUUAUUUAAAAUUGUUUAGUCUCUAUUUCAUUUUUCUGUAUCUUUAUAUGUGGUCCGCGACACGAGUGUCGGAAAUUAAAAUGGCCGCAGGCUGUAUAAGGUUGGGCAUUACUGCCUUAGAUAGUUAAAAGAUUAUUUAUUAUACAUAGGCCUACUUUUAAGUAUAUUUCUAUUUUCCCCUAGAUUAUAAUUUCAAAAAAAUAAAUAUAGGACACCUUUCUAAAAUAAGUUAAUGUCAAACAUUUUCUCUGGAGUGAUGCUGUGAUUGUCUUACUGUUAAUGAGAGUUUUAGGAAUUCAUUCCUUCAUUGGCAGUUGUCUUAACAAGUAAAAUUUCCUACACUGCAAUGAUAAUAUAUUCUCUUAUAUUUCAUGUUUUAAUUGUAAUUACAAGAUCAGCUGUCGUCAUCGAGAAGUACAUUGAAGUCAAAUUCAUAAGGCGCUGGUUGUGAACUUGUGAAUGUGUAUGUGUUUCGUGUGUGAAUGUUGUUCGAAUUUUUCAUCUAUACUGUUAUUGUACAGUAGUUACGUUGAUGUUUUAAAUUGUAGUCAAACUGAAUUUCCAUUUGAUUGGAUCAAUAAAAUUAUCUUAUCUUA